AUGCGUUUCUUCGCGAUCGUCGCUACAAUGACUGCCCUGGCUGCGGCUGGCCCGUUGCCACAAGGUUCACCAUCCGGCUAUGGUGGCUCCGGGGGUGGCUCUGAGAGCAGUCCAAUCAGCGGAGGCGCUGGAGGUGGCCAGCACGGAAAUGGCGCCGGACAAGGGCAGGGAGGCACCGAGAGUAGCCCUGUUGGUGGUGCUCCCGGCGGAGGUGCUGGAAAUCAAUAUGGUGGCGGUUCCGGCCAAGGUGGCACAGAGUCAAGCCCUGUAGGUGGAAAUCCAGCAGGUGGCGCAGGCGGUAGCCAGUAUGGGGGUGGUUCAGGCCAGGGAGGCACGGAAUCGAGCCCAGUCGGUGAUGCACUAGGAGCUGGCGCUGGAGGACCACCUGGCUAUGGAGGCGGUGGCUCCGGAGGAUCAUCUGGGCCACUUUGCCCUUAUGGCCUCUCUGCCAACCCCAAUUGCUGCCAGACUGAUGUUGGUGGAGUCAUCGCUCUGACUUGCAAAGCCCCACCUGGCAACCCAAGGAAUAAGCAAGAGUUCGCUCAGGCUUGCAGCUCUCAAGGCUUAACCCCUCAGUGUUGCGCUCUUGGAUUGCUCGGCAACCAACUCAUCUGCCAGAACCCGCUUUAG